AUUGUACCAGUGUUUUAGUAGUAACCAUACCCAAACAAAACUAAACGUCCUUGACUAGAUUUAUUAACAUAAAGUUUUGUUUGAAAACACUGCUGACAGUAAAAUAUUAUUAUAAUUAGUACCUCUUUGUAGUUUAUACUAACAAAAUGUAUAAGACAAGUGUAUUAUGGUUGUGUACUUUACUGUGGUCAGUUGGACUAGCAGUCACUCCAAUACCAUCACGGUCACCAGACAAAAAUAAUAAUGUUGAUUGUACAGGACCCAUUGCAUUUUCAUCAACUGGAAGUACAUCAGUCCAUUCUACAGGUCUGGUAGCGUUUAAACAGAAUGUUGUUAACCUAGCUGUGACGUGGGAUCGUGAGGUUGGUGUCUUCACAUGCGCUUGUUCUGGUCUUUAUCAAUUCUCUUUCUCUGGUUCCACCGAAGAAAAUACAAGGUUGAUGUUGAAGAAAAGAUUAAACAAUGGUAAACAGUGGACACCAAUUAUAGCAACAAAACCGGGAGGUGGAUCAGCUUCAAUACUUUUGGAAGUAGAAAGUGGUGAUCAGGUAGCUGUACAUUUAGAUGGAAAUUCAAAAAAGUUCAAUACUAGACAUGAACAAGGCAUAGAAGUUACAUCGUUCAGUGGUUACAGAAUAGCAAAAUCUUAAAAAAAUUGUGUUGUUUUAUUUAUAUACAACACAAUACAACAUUAGUAUUAUCAUUAAUACAAUACCUAAAAUUAAAAACAUCCCUAACUUUCAAAAUUACUCUGUAAACAGGAGUUUAUAUUAUAAUCUAGAUGAUUUUCUAAAAUAUUAUUUACACUUAAAAAGAAACAGUAACAUUUUUUAAUAUGCUGUAUGUGUUAUUGGUGAAUAAUCGUUAGUAAUAAAUUUAAAAUUGAUUUAAUCUAUCUAUAAUAAACACAUACACACAGUAAUUUAUAAGUAUAUUUGCAAUAACUAUGCAUAGUAAGUAUACAUAUUAACAAAUAAGUAUAGAAAUAAAUAGUCGGUAGUUCAUUUUUAAUUUCUGCAUAUUUGAUAGUAAUUAAUAAUUAGUAGAAUUCUAGAUUGCCAAAAAGAUUAAAAAUGUAUAAAUAAUAUAAAUUUUGGUUUGUUACUUUCAACAUUCUUAAUAUUUCAAUUUUAUUUUGUUAUAUUUUUUACAAUUGUUAUUAUUAAAAAUUGUAAAUUUAAUAAUUUAUGAAUACUUUUUGUUUUAACUAAUUGUAGUUUGGGUUUCCCAAUAUUUACAAAUUAUCUAAUAAAUAUUGUUAAAAAUGCAUCAAAACCAUAUUAGUAUAUUUAUUUAUUUAUUUUAUUUUUUUUAAUAUGAAGCUCUUAACAUUUUCUAUAUACAUUAAAAAAAUAGCAAUAAAUUAAACAUUUACAGCACAUUAAAAUACAUAAAAAAUAAUAAAUUAAAAUAAGUAACUUGCAUUCAAAUUUAAUUUCUAUGGCUAAUAACAGAGAUUACUCGUAUAUAAUAAUAAAAGGAAUAAUAACCAAUUACAAACUGAGCGACAAAUACAAAAUAAUAGAAGUUUAAAAACUCGUUGCACUUAAAAAAUAAUCAUUCAAAUUGAUUAUAAAAGUAUAUUUAUUAAUAUAAAAUAUAAAAUUAAUUUUAUAAUAAAAUAGGUUUAGUUAUUAAAUAAAUUCACAGCUUUUUGAAAUAUUUGUUUUGGGAUACAUUAGAAUAAAUGGCACCGUGCUUUGGACCACAAUAGAUUAUUUAAAUUAUUUAAAUUUAUUAAAUAUAUCAUGUAUAUGUAUAUAUAUAUAUAAAUAUAUUUUAAUUAACAUUUUA